GGAAGCCUGCUUGAAGCAGCGCGAGCAGAGUCUUCUUGCGGCAGCAGGAAACGGAGGAAAAAGGAACGACAAGACGCACAGCAUUCUUUCUAUCUCGAAAGGACCACGUGCAGGGGAUCCGGGAAAGAGAAGUUGGAAGUGCAGAAAGUGCCAGACAAACGACCACGGUUGGUUUAGGUGCCCACACAACCCCGACGCAAAGGCAAACAAGCGCAAGAACAACGACAGGGACCUGCGGGGACGCAGUCCGAGUCGUGAGCGCCAAGACAACAGAAGCCGCAGCCGAGGACGCCCUUCUGGAGGUCGAGAAGACCGGCACAGAAGCAGGUCCGGAAGCAACAACAACAGGCACACGAGGGACAGAAGCGCCACGCCGGCCCGAGGGAGGUCGAGUAGCGUGAGAAGCGUGAGAGCCCGGAGUGCCAGCGGCAGCAAAAGAAGCGCAAGCGCAACCAGCCAGGACACCCUAAGCAGCAGCGAAGAAAGCCAGAGGAGCAAGUCGGUAAAGGUACAAUCUAGAUUAAGUGACAAGAAGUCUUCGCUAAGUUUGGUUAACAGUAGUAGUUUAAGUAAAAACGAAGAGACACAAAACAACAAGAGAAACAAACGCACAAGUAAAAGCGUUUGGUCAGAUGCUAGUAGUGUUAGCGAUGCUGCAUCCGAGUCGGAUGUAGGGACAGGUAAAGGGCUAAAGAGGACCAAAGUUAGUCAGUAUAUGGUGAGGGCCAUAAGGACAAUCAGCGGGAUCGCGCGACGGAGUCGCAACGCGCCGACACAGGCAGACCAGGAUCUGUGUGUCGAUGCGAUAGUCGAUAGUGGGGCUGAGUCGUGUUGCUCACCAUAUCUGAACCACUUUGAGAAACUCGGGGCCAGAUGCGUCCUAGUAGCAGCAUCGGGGGAGAAAAUUCCUGGAACUGCACGGGAAGGAAUUUUCAGAAGUAGCUCGUUGAGAGAACUUCGCCACGGGGUCUACCAUCCAAGGCUAUCAGAUUUCUAUAUCUCCGUGCCGCAGAUGCAGCAGGCAGGGGACAUGGUAUCAUUCCCACCGGGCGGAGGGGUGAUACUGAAGGGACCAACGGGGGAACACGUGGGGACCGGGGGAGGAGGACUCCUCCCACGCGUGGCCAUCUCCUUUGAAGCUGGCCUGCCCACGGAGUUAAGGAUCGUAGCAGGGAUUAGAACCACGCAGGACAUGUGCCCCGAAGUCUUGGAACACGAGAGAUCAGGGCACUUCCUACCCCUACCAAAAGGCAUGCUUUGUGCCGCCUGUAUGGCGACACAAGACCACGGCAAAAAGGCGGCCAAGAAGGUCAGGCCUUCUAUGUGGGAACCUACACGCUCAAACCAGAGGUGGCAGGUUGACUUCAAAGAUCUAGCAAGCGACCGGCAGGAGAGCAUGUUUGGCAAUACGGUCAUCUUUGGGGCCAUCGAUGACCAUGAUCGGUGCCCGAUGGUGUUGCCAAUAAAGUCCUCCAAGUAUGCCGAUGAAGCUAUGCGAAAGAUCACGAGGUACACAAGGCCGCCGGAGGAAAUUCGGUCGGACAACGGUCCGGAAUUUCAGACAGAAAAGUGGGCUAAGAUGCUCGCUGACUUGUACAUCCUAGCAAAUUCGUACGCGCCACCAUACUCGCCUACGAGGAACUCUCGGAUCGAGCGUUUCUGGAGAACAGGCGGCAACAAAGUCAGGGCACUAAUGUGGGGAGUCGACGGUAGGUUGGCGGACCUGUGCUGGAUGCUGGUAGCCUUUCUCUAUUCGAUUCGCGAGAGAGAGUUCAGGGAGCAGGAUGGAACAAGAACAAAGACCACGCCGUACGAACGACGUCACAAGAGAAAGCCAAACUUCGGAAAGUUGAGAAGAUUUGGGUCUUUGUGCUUCGUUCUAGACGAACACCCAGCCAGCAAGAGCGCACCCAAGUGGCUGCCGGCUGUGUUCGUAGGUUACAGUCCAAAGGGGUCAGCGUAUCUCUACUGUAGCUACAACAAGGCGGGGGAGUUUGUCCUGGCCGAGACCGGCCAGCUCAAAUUCUGCGAAGCCUAUAAAGUAAGCAAAGUUGAACACCUAAAGGACCCACUUCUAUUCGAAUUGCUAAGCACGGCGGAGCCUGAUGCCCUUGCGUCAGCAUACAUGGAGCCGACUUUCGGAACAAGUCAGGUGCUCGAGAUGUUAUCUGAUGGAAAGCAAGAGGGAGGGCGGGUCGCUGUGGCGCAAGAGUCGAAGGCGGGGGGCCUUGGUGAAGAAUCAACAGCAAAAGACGGAGCUGAGGGGGUAUCCUCAGCGGACCCAGAACAAGUUGUAGCGCAGCCUGCACAAGUAGAGGCAGUUGCUAUAAGUCCGGGGGAGCAAAAGCUGCAAGAGCAAAAACAGGGCCCAGGGCCGUCGGAACAAAAUCCCCUGGCCAGGGAAGACGCGCCUGGUGCAGUUUCUUCCGGUGGGCUUGGCACUGACGACAAAGUCAAAAGGCACUCUAGCAGUGGCGUGGAACAACCACAAGCAGAACAACUGCGGGGUAGGUCCCCGACAGUGAAGGACAGAACGAAGGGUAAAGGAAACCAUGUCGGAACAGCCACAAGUGAAGCGCGGACGGGGUAGACCUAAGGGGUCGAAGGACACGAAGAAGCGUAAGACGCGCAUGAGUAGGGACGCUUCGAGGAUCAUCGGCCGGAUCGCGUAUAGGCUCUGCAGUGAGCAGACGCGUGGUAGGUCGAAGCCUAAGAAGAAGCUCAACUACGUUGACGCAAACGCACGUGAUUCAGUCCCAGCUUCAGAGAGAAGAUCUGGACCCAUAUCGAGAAAGGAAGCUACCAGGGGACCUGAGGCAAACCUUUGGAAGGAAGCUGAUCGGAAGGAGGUUAGGGGGCUUGUAGAUGCUAAGUGUUGGCGUGAGAAAGAUGCACUGAAGGAUCAGUCGCUUCUUCGGAGGAAGCGCCCGGUGCGUGCGCACAUGGUUCGUGUGCGGAAGCGCUGUGGGCGCCGGAAGUCGCGGCUGGUGGCAGAUGGUUCCACGCAAAACCUCACGAAAGGCGAAAUCUUUUCACCAACGCCGAGCACGGUGAGCAUGAGGUGUCAGAUUGUUCACGCGGCUCAGCACGAUUGGGAAAUUGAUGGUGCUGACGUGACGCAGGCACUCAUCAAGGCGGACCUUCCUGAGCCGGAACUGAUCAGACUUCCAGAGGAAGUCCUAGAAGGUGACGAAGACCCUGUGAAAGUAGCUACAAAAGCUCUUUAUGGUUUUAAGCAAUCACCGCGCGCUUGGAACAAGCUAGCCGAUAAGAAAUUUCGUGAAUGGGGGUGGACGCCAUUACCUAGAGAAGGCGGCGUUUACUAUCGCACGGACUCGGAAGGCAAGCUAAGCGCGAUGUUGGUGUGCUAUGUGGAUGACAUCAUAGCCACGGCAAAGAAGCCGAGCAAGGCUGGCGACAAAACUGCCAAGGACUAUGUGAGUCAGGUUAACAAGGAGUUUGGUUCGACGCCUAUGGCGGUAUCAAUCGAACGUCUCAGCGAGACACGCGAAAAGCAUAAGUUUGACUUUGUAGGGAUCGACGUGGACAUCCACUAUGAAAUUACCAAAAGCGGCGGUAGACGCUUUGAGAAGGUAAUCUUUCAGGGUGAGAGCAGAGCCACAAAGAUUAUGAAAAAGUGGAAUAUGUUCGACUGCGCUGAGAAGUCCACUCCAUCGUGCCCGAGGCAUAGGGACCAAUGGCGUCAAUUGGCUAAGGAAGCCAAGGAGAAGCCAGAGUCCAAGGAUGAGAGUGAGCAUUCGAGCUUGUCGGAUAUUCACACAGAUAAGAGUGACAGUGAAGCAACUGCAGGUUCAGAGUCUGACAAGACUAAACCGCAGAAAACGGGGAAAAGGGUGAAGAAGAAAAGGGUAGACUCUGAAUGGAGCAACAAGGCAGUAGCCGGCGAGUUAAUGUAUCUAAGUUUGUCGUCUAGGCCGGACAUCACCGAGGCGGUGAAUUCGGCGGCUAGAUGUCCUUUCGAAGACCACCAGAAGCUAAUGCUGAAGAGGGUAAUGAGGUACCUUCGGGGCACGUUGGCUGUGGGUGUCGAGUGGACGCCGACGAGCUGGAAAACAUACAAGACGAACUACGAGCCGUUGUGGAUUCAGGGCGCCCCCCUUACCGUGAGCGGUGAACCAGAACCAGUAAGCGAAAUGUCUCCUAUCGGAACUUUUUCUGACGCGGACUUUCAAGGCUGUCCGUCUACAAGUAAGUCAACUACAGGCACGAUGAUGACGUACUACGGAGUUUGCGUGGCUUGGAGGUCCAAGCGGCAAACGAUCGUAACACUGUCUACGCCUCAUGCCGAGACGGUAGCUAAGUGUGAGUCGAUUCAGUAUGCGCAAUCCAUCGCUUUCGUUGAUAUUGUACCCGGCACAGAGUGCAAGAACCAGGGCUAUGCCAAUACUCCUCCCGCAUGGGUUGACAAUAAACCAGCACUAGACCAAGCGACGCAAGAGUUCAAAUGUGCAGGAAGUAAACACUACCAAAGCAGGCGACACUUCGUGUGCGAUCUAGUUGAUCGAUGUCGCCACUGCCCCACCGGGUUGGUGAGGGCUGAUGGCCUCACGAAGCCAGUAUCUGCGGAAACUCUAUGGCUAAUGUUAUAUGGUGUAGAGAAAACUACUAGUAUAAGGUCCAUUCUACAAAUCCCAAAUUCACACUUUUCAGGUUCGUGGCGACAAGCGGGGACGCCGGUGA